CACAAAUAAAUAAAUUACGAAGCGAUAGUAGGGGGGACUGGGGUGGCCGUCUCACGGAGAAAGAGAGAGUGCUUUGAGCUCUUGGAGUCACUGAAAUUUUUUGCCGGCGAAUCAGAAGCGAGAAAUAACUAUCGAAAGGCUGUUCAUAAGAAUCAUAACCAUGACUGACUAUGUACAGGAGCAGGCGAUGGAAAUUGAGGCCUUGGAAGCAAUACUUAUGGAUGAUUUCAAAGAAAUUCACUCUAGUGAGAGUGGUUUAGCUACUUCCAAUCGAUGCUUCCAAAUAACGUUAUCUCCACAGGAUGAUGAAGUAGACGAGCUGUCCUUUCCAGUUCAGUUGGCUUUGAUUUUCUCGCACACAGAAACAUAUCCAGAUGAGCCUCCACUUUUAAAUGUGAAAAGCUUACGUGGAAUACAAAUUGAAGAUCUUAGAAUUUUGAAGGAAAAGCUUCAACAAGAGGCGUGUGAAAACCUUGGCAUGGCUAUGAUUUACACACUAGUUGCAUCAGUUAAAGAGUGGAUUUCUGAACGAUUUUGUCAAGAUGCAAACAUUGAGAAUGCCAAUGCUGAAGAGGCUGCAAAAGAGGAUAUAAUUAUUCCUCAUGGAGAACCAGUUACUGUUAAUACCUUUCUGGCAUGGAGAGAGAGGUAUGAAGCAGAAUUGGCACUAGAACGAGCCAAGUUAAUGCCCGAGUCUGCCCUUACAGCUACUAAGGAAAAGAGGCUCACAGGAAGACAGUGGUUUGAAAGCGGAAGAGGUGUUGCGAAAGGCGCAGCUCCAGUUACUGAAGGAUCUGACGUGGAAGAUGAGGAAGAGAUUGACUUUGAUGAUGAUGAUUUUGAAGAUGAUGAAGAUAUGCUGGAGCACUACCUGGCUGAGAAAUCUGACUCAUCCUCUCAUUCUUCCAGGAGAGCUAACUAAGAAAUCAAUAUGGAGCACCAUUUGGGAUGGAUCAAUUUGUGUAAUUUUUAUCACAUGUAUUUUUGCCUUGUUUAUUUUGAAAGAGGGGGGGGG